AUGAAAACAAGAUUAUUGCAAGCAAAGAUAUUGGGAAGUCUUUUACAUUUCUCAAGAUUCAACCACCUUGUAUCAUGCUUCAGCAGUCGACAUUUCAACCAUAAUAUUGUUCUUCAUCGUCGAUCUGCAACUGGCACGUCUAUUUUUGUGAAAGCAGAUCAAGAUAGCUUUGAAGUAGAAGAGCAGAUCGGGAAUGGGUUUAUUUCAGAGAUCUUUCAAGUAUUCAUUGAGGAUACAGAUGCGUAUGGGAUCAUGUACAACGGGAACUACCUAAAGUUCUAUGACAGAGCUUUGUAUUCAUCUCCUGAAGCACACUCUGUGCUAUCCCCCAGGAAGGAAUGGUCAAUAAUAUCCUUGGAGGACCAAAAAUUCAUAGGCUCUCCUUCACUAGGUUCUCAAUUUGUCAUUCAAGGGACACUGAAGCAAGCCCCAUCGGAUGAUGCAUCCACCUGGGACUUGAAAAUGACAAGUCCUGAUGGCUCGCAAACGUUCAACAGUGUUUCCAACUUGAGUGUGGCGACACCGGCCGAAUCGACCGGCACAAGUUAUUUCAAUUUCGUUCAGCUGCAAGAAGUACCGGCCUUUGAAAUCAAGGGGACCAAAGGAGCGACGAAUUCUUUCAUAAUUUUCCGUGACGAACUCGACACCCAGUUGAUGUCGCAGUUGCCUCUCAGAAUUGUAUUGAAUUUGUUUGAGCGUGCACGAAGCAAUCUACUUGGAGGUCCAGACGAGCUAAAACGUUUAAAGGAGGACCAUGAUAUUGUCGUGGUUGUAACAAAGAUUAGUGACUGCUCGCUGGUUGAUGAGGGAUACAUCUUGUCUCCAGGACAUACAGUUCAGGUCGAUACGCAAAGUGUCAUCAAGCGAAAGGGCAUGAUUAUAGACUGUUUUCAGACGCUCAAAAGUAGCUGCGGAAAGCGCCUGGCACAGGGGAAAAUCACACUAAUGAUGAUCAGCAAGACUACUGAACGACCAACCUCUAAAUUACCUGAAUGGGUGAUGGAGAAGCUCACCGGUGAAACGAUAUCGCAACAAACUAGUUAA